GGCUCAAGCGUCCCCCCCCCUUCCCCCGCCGGCGUGCUCGCUUCUGCCCCGCGUGGCAGUUCGCGGGACCUCCAGGUCGCUCUCCCGAGCGCGAGAAGCUCGGAGCCUGGGAAGGCAACCCGGUGACCGAAAGACAGGGGACCUGGCGUCCGAAGGGCUGGGGUGCAGGCUGGGCUGGAAGACGAGAGAUAACCUCGGCUCCUUUUAUGGAGACCCUAAAGUCAGGCCCUCCCGCGGGAAUCAAGCGCUGUUUUAGGUGAUGGUGAUACAGCUGUGGACGAAACAAGCAACAUCCCCGCUCUCUCGGAGCUUUCUGAACCUUGCAUUGCCCUGUGAUGCCACGGGGCACGAAACUGAGGCUGGAGAGGUUGUGGUCGGUCUGAGGCCACACAGCUGGGACAUGGAUUCACUGAGAUGGAUGACCAGCUACCUACAGCUUCAGUGUGGUUCUUCCCUCUUUGCCUCGGAGAAGGGAUGAGGGGGGCGGACACAGCCAGAGACCAGGGCAGGGUGCUAAUAUUGAGCGCAGUGCAUGAAAAUAAUUGAGGAUGCACAGAUGGCUGCACGAGACCCAGAAGCAAAGGGACAAGAGAACACAAAACACGAAAGUCGGAAAACCUGAAGCCACUCCCUAGCGUUUUGUGUGUGGCUGGGCAAACCGGCUGAGCUUCCAAUUCUUCAUCAGUCCAGUUGGGACCACACAUUUGCUCUUGGCCUCUUUAUGAGAGACUUGAAAGAGUCAACUGUUUCUGUUCCCAAGUUUGACAAGGUUCCGUGGCUUAGUGACGCCAGCCUCAGAAACAAGCCCCUACUGCUCAGCCUCCCCAAAAGAUACCCUCACGCCUCUGCCACUUUCCUGAUUUCAUACAAGAAGGACACGAAUUUGCCCAGUUUGUUUCAAGUUCCAGAUGACUCAUUUCAGGCCAGGAGGAAGCCGAAUGACCCCGCGCUGGUCAGGAACAGGCAGCUGUGCAGCACGUGCUGGGAGAUGAGAACGGCACGGCCGAGGGCUACGCAGGACCCAGGCGAUCAGACGCCUUCCUUUGAGGCUUUCAUGAGUCGUAAAAUGAAGCAUCUUCAGCCACCGAAAGCUCAGACUGUACCCAAGAGUCCCCAGGACGACAGCUCAACAGGAGGAGGAAGGAAGAGGUCACUUUUGGUGGAAACAAUAAACCCAAGGAGACGUCGUCUAAAAAGGCUUUGAGUUCUCUGCCGUUAAUAAAGAGUCAGGGCCAGGAUCAGAGCCCAGGUCCGUCUGACUCAGUGUCUGGUUUCACCCCUGCAUCCUUCUGUCAUCCCUGGCCGCCGGCCGACUGGUGGCAGAUUCCACACUGCCAGCUCCUCAGACUUCCCCCUGCUCCUCAAGGAGCCUUGUUUCUUCUCCGAGGAGGUCAAACCUCAAGACACUGGCACCUUCUGUGAGCUUCCUUGUCCCGCAGUCAAAUAAGAGGUGGUUUCUUCUUGUUCCUUGGAGAAAUGCCUCCUAUAAUAAGGAAAAUACUGUCGUUGAUUUUUUUUUUUAUGGAGUUUGAAAUUCCCAUCCUGGAUGGAUCCCAAGCAUUUUUAUUUAUUUAUUUUUUUUAGCACGAACCUCCAUCGAAAUUAAGCACAAAAUAGGUCCUAACACAACUCACAAAAUGCAGUUUUCCCUGCUUGAACAAAACAGGUAAUAUACCUACUGAAGCCUCUUAAUUCUUCUCGAGCAGAAAACACAGCAGGUGCAGAGCGUACCGGUUGCCAUAGCGCCGCCUCCUCUCCCUCAUCUUCUCUGCAGGUAGGCCACGUUCCUGGGUGCUCCAUGGCUUUAGAUACAUUACCAUUUUCUAGGCAGAGCUGGGUCUAAGUCCAUGGGAGACCAUGGUCUUUGAUAGAGAUUAAACCUUUCUGGUUCUCCUAAUCUACUGCUGCUCAAGUUUAUCAUGGUGUCUCUCAGGUUUUUCUAAUUGAAAAUUAGAAAGGUAAGAUUAUAAUAAUCUUAUCUUCGGGCCCCUGGAUUGCAAGCCUUCACACAUUCCCAAGCUUGGAUGUUGCUUAGUUACCUGGUACAUUUAAGAAUGGUCCUUUAUAGGAGAUGAGUAGGCCC